AGACUGAGCGCGCGAAAUGCCAGACACGAUCGUGGAAAUCUUCGCCGGUGAUUCCGAGGAGGACAUCGAAACGGUGAAAAACAUGAUCGAGAAGAUCGGACUGGAGAUCAUGGCCUAUGGCGAGGAAGAGUACGACUCCUACGACCCGGAAAGUCUGCAGAAGCUCGAGUUUAACAUUCAGAUCAAUCGGGUCACAGUGAUCCUGCAGGAAAUGUCCGAAACGCUAGAGGUGCUGUUGAGUUUGCCGUUGAUUUGCCGGAAUCAGGAACUCCUGGCGGAGCACUUCAAUGCCGAGGAACAGGACGUCUUGCGGCUGCUGUGCAAGUAUAUGCAAUCCAAAAGUGAUGAUGGUGGUUCGGUGCCGGAAGUGGUCAACAUGGCAGAUUUCCAAUUUCCUCCGACAAAGUUUAUUGAACUUGUGGAGAUGGUCUCGAACAAAGAUCUUCACAAGGUUAUUGCGAGCCAGGUGAAGAAUCUCCCGGCGGUGUACAAAAAGUUCCUAUCCAACAUUCGUGAGUUCCGCAAGUUCACGAUCACCAAGAUGAAAAUGACCGCCCAAAAGGAUUUGGCCAAGGAGAAGAUCCUGCACCGGAUGUGGCAAUCCAAUGAGCGGAACAUUAAGGAAAUUGCCAUAACCGAGCGUGUGCUGGAGGAGAAAGCGGUCGCUUUUCAGGCAGAAAUUGAGGACAAGACAGCCAUCAUCGAAAAGUAUCGUUCCGACAUUGCACGUCUGGAGGAUCAGAGCAAAACUCAAAUAACUGCCUUUAUCAACGAAUCCGAUCGGAAGAUGUUUUACUACUUUGAGCGAAGCGAUCAGAGGUACGAGCAGCUUCAGGAGGAAGCCAACAGCCGCACAAAGGAGUAUCAUAAAACGCUGGAGGAAGAUCUUCGGGUCGAAAAGGCAAAUCGUACGAUGAAGGCGAAGCUGACUCAGCAGUUACAACUGUUGCUUAACAAGUACGACAAGGAUGCCGGAGAGAGGACCCAUGAACUGAAUGCUUUGGCCGGUACUCUGCGUGAUCGGCAGGAGGAAUUCGAUGAGUGGAAGAGAAUCGUGUUCGAUCCACAGGAGAAGAAAUACUUCGACGCCAUCGAAGAACGGCGCCUGGACGAACUGAGGGCUCAGGAGGAGGUGAUUUUCCAUUUCAUGAUGAAACGGGCGGUCAUUGUGCUGCAACGUGCCUGGCGUUCGGUGGCCGAACGGAAGCGUAAAAUGCGUGGCCGCCGCGGUGGACGGCGCGCCAAGGGCAAAAAGUAA